ACACUGCAUUUAAUUUAUUUAUUUUCCAACAUGGUUCACAUACCUGAAAGAAGCAACAUGCAUCUGUUUCAGUUUACUAAUUUAAUCUUUGCCUAAUUUGCCAUCUUUGCUUCUUUUAGAGAUGGUUUGCAGAACCAAUAGCCACAUUUCCUGCCCCAUUUUUCUCAUGGAAAAAAAGAGACAACCAGACUACUCUCGAUUGCACAUUUACUCUUCUUCUUUUCUUUUCUUUUUGUCAGAAAAGGUGGCAAAGCCGUUGCAUUGCAUCAUCUCCAUUGAUCACCUGUUGUCUCAGCCGAGUAACACUAUUUUUAGGUCCCAAAAACUGCAUGCCUAACCACUGGAGCAGAAGAGGCAUUGAGAAAACGCAGAAGAGGCAAAGCCAAGAAAGGCAGGAAACAUUUACAGGGGCUGGAAGAAAACUAGAGGAAAGGCUCUGACCUCCACCAAGACGGUCAUGGUCACCCUCAUCCUAGCGUUCCGGCUCUCCACUCUUCUCCUCCUCCUCGCCGGUGGCCGGGUGACCCUCGCCGCCGAACCCGCUGCCGAGGCGGCGGCCCUCCUGCGCCUCAAGGCGUCGCUUACGGACCCGAACAAGGUGCUCGAAGCGUGGUCGGCGUCGUCGCCGUCGACGCCGUGCAAUGCCACGCACCCAUGGCACGGGGUGCAGUGCGACAACGGCGGCCUCAUCGGGCUCCGGCUCGUCCGCCAUAACCUCUCCGGCAAGUUUGACUUCGGCGCGCUCGCGAACCUCCCAGGCCUGCACACCAUCAACCUCAGGCACAAUGCCUUCGCCGGCCCGCUGCCGCCGAGCCUCGGCACCGUGCGCAGCCUCCGGGCGCUCUACCUGUCGCACAACGCGUUCUCUGGCCCCGUCCCCGGCGACGUGUUCGGCAACAUGCGGUGGCUCAAGAAGCUCUAUCUCGACAACAACGAGCUCACAGGCCCGCUCCCCGCUGCCGCCAUCGCCGGCGCGCCGCGGCUCCUGGAGCUCCACCUUGACCACAACAGGAUCGACGGGCCCGUCCCGGAGCUCCUCCCGGCCUCGCUCCGGCUCUUCAACGUCUCCCACAACCGCCUCACAGGCUCGCUCCCGCGCGCCGUCGCCACGCGGUUCAACGAGUCGGCGUUCGCGGGCAACCCCGGCCUGUGCGGCGCGCCGGGGAGCGGUCCCGGCGCAUGCUCCCCGGCCGCCGCCGCGAAGUCGCCGGACUCGCCCGCGCCCGGCUCGAUGCCAAUGCCGAUGCCGCCCAUGACCCCCGCGGACUACUUCGCCGUGGAGGAGGAGACGAGCGUGGUGGUCGUGAUCGGCAUCAUCCUCCUCGUGAUCGCCCUGGUGACCGGCGCCAUGGUGCUCAUGCUCCGGCAGGACGAGCGCAACAGCGCCCCGCCACCGUGCUAUGACACGGUCCCCGUCAGCGGCAGCCCCACCUCCAAGACCAUGUCCAUCUCCUCCGCCAACGCGCAGCCGCCCCGGUCCUCCAACGCGGUGGCCAUGGAGAUGGCCGGGUCCAGCCGCGGCGGAGGCAUGGGCGGCGGCAAGCGGGCGGACGAGUUCGUGCUGAUGAGCCGGGCCAGCGGCGAGUUCGGGCUCCAGGACAUGAUGAAGGCCUCAGCCGAGGUGCUCGGCAACGGCACCCUGGGCUCCGCCUACAAGGCCGCCAUGCGCAACGGCAUCACGGUAGCCGUGAAGCGGAUGCGCGACAUGAACCGCGUGGGCCGCGAGGAGUUCGAGAACCACCUCCGAAUGCUCUGCGAGCUCCGCCACCCCAACGUCCUCUCCCCUCUCGGCUACCAUUACCGCAAGGAGGAGAAGCUCAUCGUCUCCGAGUUCAUGCCCCGCGGCUCCCUCCUCUACGUCCUACACGGGGAUCAGAGCCCGAACAGGGUGGUGUUGGAUUGGUGGGCUCGGCUGCGGAUCGCGGUGGGGGUGGCGAGGGGGAUGGCGUACCUGCACGAGAAGCUGGGGAUGCCGGCGAUGCGGUUCGUGAGCAUGGACGGCGCCGACUUCGACGCGCCGCCGCCGCCGCCGCCGCACGGGAACCUCAAAUCGGGGAACAUCCUCCUCGACGCGGAGCUGCAGCCGCGGAUCGUCGACUACGGCUUCUUCCCGCUCGUCAACGCGCCGCAGCUGGCGGGGGCCAUGUUCGCCUUCCGCUCCCCGGAGGCCAACACGCCGGGGGUGUCGGCGAGGUCCGACGUGUACUGCCUGGGCGUGGUGCUCCUGGAGCUCGUCACGGGGCGGUUCCCGUCGCAGUACCUCGUCAACGUGCGCGGCGGGACGGACGUCGUGCAGUGGGCGGCGGCGGCCGUCCUCGAGGGCUGCGAGCACGAGCUCGUCGACCCCGUCGUCGCCGCCGCGGGACCCGCGGCCGUGGGCGGUGCCGUGAGGAUGGUGAGGGUGGCCGGGGAGUGCACCAUCUCCGCGCCCGAGAGCCGGCCGAACAUGGCGGAGGCCGCCCGGAUGGUCGAGGAGGUCGCCAAUGGCGCCUCGUGACCACUGCGCCACCGCCGCCGCGAAAUUUCUUCGGACGAACGCGAUCGAAUCCGGACCGUUGAUCAGGGGGAGGAGGGUGACGUGGCGAGAAUCGGAGAAGGGGCGUUGUUUGGCUGAAAAUAUAUUGAAGGUCUGAAUUUGUAAAAAUGGGAGAAGGAAGGCAGUCAGGACCAGAUGGAGGGGUAAACCGUUCCCGUUGUUUUACAUCUCUAGUGAUUUCUCUAGGCUACUUACAUACGAUUUCUUCUAGUUUGGGGGGGAUGGAAACAAGGACCAUACUCGUGUGGAUUUUUCUAGAGAUCAUUGUACCCGUUGUAUGUUGUAUGUAUGCAUGUAAAAAGUCUUCGAUUUAGAGUAUUUGUUCAAAUUAUAAUU